AUGGCGAACGAUCAUGAUGGAACUCACACGGUGGUCGAGAAAACACAGCCAACCAUUACAUCCUACCAUGACCUGACCAUCGUGGAGUCACAGGACGCCGAAACUGGACUCGCCAAGUCUUGCAUGUUCCUGCAUAUCACCCAAGAUGAAGAGGUCUACUUCGGCAAAACUACACGCAACAAGAGAGAAUUAUCUUUUGACGAGAUCGGCCAACUCCUUACCCGCAUCCCGGAUGAGGAGAUCUUCCCCGCAAUCCCAAAAGACAUCGAGUUGACCCUUGCACCUGAUCACAUCAACGAAGCGAACUCCUUCCUCAAACGACCUGGUAUACAGCACUAUGACGACUUCGUCGGUACAGACUUUGUCUGGAAGGAACUCCUUCAUGAGACCCUUAUCAUGGAGAAGAUCUCCAAGGCACCGCAUCCGUAUAUCAUCCGCUACCUUGGUUGUCGUACUUGCCGUGGCCGUAUCACAUCCUUCUUUGUGGAACGACUGGACCAGACGCUUGAUCAGUACGUCAAUGCCCCCGAUGGGUUUGAGCCUCUUGACAAUGAGAGGUUUCUUGCUGGUGUCCAGUCAGCGAUCGACUACCUUCACUCUUUGGGACUGGCACACAAUGACUUAAAUCCGCAAAACAUCAUGGUUCGGGACGGGAUGCCGGUGCUGAUUGAUUUUGGGGGAUGCGCUCCGUUUAGAGAAGUGGUACAAUCAUGUGGAACGCCUGGUUGGUGCGAGGAGUUCUUUCGUCACUCCAAAAAGGAGCAUGAUGACUAUGGUUUGAGGAAAUUGGAGGAGUGGUUAAGGGAGAAGCAGGAGGGGAAUAAAUGGGGAAAAGUCGAAUGA